CCGCGCGGCKCGGCCAAUGGGCUCAUUGACAUGCAAAUCGCGGGGUAUAAAAGCGGCGGCGCGGGGCGGCAGCGGCGCGGAGUGGAGCGGGGCAGCGGCGCGGCCAUGGCGCCAGGCAAGGACCGCCCGCCGAGGGGCGAGGGCUGCGCGGAGCCCCGCGCCGACCGCAGGACGCGGAAGCCGCUGGUGGAGAAGAAGCGCCGGGCGCGCAUCAACGAGAGCCUGCGGGAGCUGCGGCUGCUGCUGGCCGACAGCGAGUUUCAGGCGAAGCUGGAGAACGCCGAGGUGCUGGAGCGGACGGUGCGGCGGGUGCGGGCCGUGCUGGAGCGCCGCGGYCGCGGUGAGUGCCGGCCCGGGGGGUGGCGGGGGGCGCCCGGCCCGGCCCGCGCCUCACCCGAGCCCCUCUCUGUUCCCCGCGGCGCAGGGGGCGGGCGGCGGCUCCUCGAGGCCAGCGAGCGCUUCGCCGCCGGCUACAUCCAGUGCAUGCACGAGGUGCACACCUUCGUCUCCAGCUGCCCCGGCAUCGACGCCACCACGGCCGCCGAGCUGCUCAACCACCUGCUGGAGUCCAUGCCCCUCAACGAGGGCGGCUGCCCGGACUCGCUCACGGACGCUUUGGGGGAGCCCGCUCUCGGUCCCUGGCCCGCCGGCGAGGUGCUGGCCCUGCCGGCUGGAGCCCGCCCGGGCCUGGCCCUGCCCGCCCCGGCGCUCUCGCCCUCCCCCAGCGAGGAGACCUGCUCCGACUCGGACGAGGCGGAGGCCGAGCCCGGCCAGACCUCCACGGACGGACUGGACGCGUCCCAKACGCAGGGCCUGGCCUCGCCCGGCUCGCCCAAAUCCAUGUGGAGACCCUGGUAACAGAGGAGAGGAGUCAGCGCAGACCUAUCUAUGAGAGAGCUGCCCUGCCUGUGGGGGAGAGCAGGGUGCCCCCGCUCCGGCCCACGCCAGUGUGGUGUGAGUGUGCUGUGUGUGUGAUCGUGUGUGCGCGGCUGGCAGCGCUGGGGCUGCGGACUGCACCACGGGCACUCUGACGCUGUCACACCCUGACAGCCUAAUAGCGAACGCGGUAACAUUUCAUCCCUGUGUGUGUGCGUGUGUGGCAUUUUGUAACUUUAGGGGUUGUUUUAUGAGACGACGGGGGGAGGAGGGAGUUGAUUCGUAGUGGCAAAGCUCUCUGGUGGAGACACAGCAGUUACUUUAUAACCCUGUCUCCUUGGCGCUUUAGAAGUGGCCCGAAUACUACUACCUUCUAAGAAAAAGCCCUUGUCCAUUUUAAAUGAUGAUGGUUGAUUSCAGGAGGAGCUCUAGCUAACUCUGCAUGCACGGUUUUAAGUGUUCUAGGGAUAGCACAGACCCCUGAAAGGUGUCAGUGGGGCUAGAAUCUGUACCUGGUAGYAGUCUAAAAUCCCACCUUUAGGAAAGGGAGAGAAAACUAGAAACCCGGUGGAAUUAGAGAAACACUUUAAAAGAUGUUGGUGGCAGGGUCCCUUUUAGAAAUGCGUGUCUUUAUGCACAUUUUGCUUUUAGCACAKUUGAGUUUAUUGUGACUUUAUGUAUAUUAGGGUGUCAAAUGGCUUUUAUUUUUAAUUUUUAAUAAAAAAAAACUGAAUUCACAA